ACCACUCAGAAUUACACACUCCACUGAAAACGAAGGGAAAAUGGCUGCUGCUGCCGCCUUAGCACCAGCCCCUUCUCUCCGGUUCAACCCCUACUCGACCCUCCGGUUCCUCUCCUUCUACCCCCGAACCCUAGUUCAACCACAACCGCCAAUUUUCCCGCCAUUUCUUCCCUGGUCGUCCCGGUUCUCCGGCGCCGGUCCAGCAGUCCCUCGCCGGAGGUCCUUCUGCACCGUCAUCUCCGGAGCUCUCCACUCCGGCGGAGGAGCCGCCGAGAGGACGAAACCGGAAAUUGCAGAAAGUUGGAGGCCGGAAAGCGGCAACAACAGAGUCGGGGAGUUCAGGAAGAAGCUGAAGGUUGUGGAUAUCAAAGGCGGGCCCGACGAAGGGCUGGAGCGGUUGAGCCAGAGUUUGGUGGUUAUGGGUUGGGUUCGGACUCUUCGGGUCCAAAGCAGCGUUACAUUCAUUGAGGUUAAUGACGGGUCGUGUCUCUCAAACAUGCAAUGUGUAUUGGGUUUAGAUGCCGAAGGUUAUGAUCAGGUAGAAUCUGGCUUGAUCACUACUGGUGCUUCAAUAUGGGUGCAAGGGAUAUUAGCUGCCAGCCAAGGAUCAAAGCAAAAAGUGGAAUUGAAGGUCAAGAAAAUUGUUGUGGUUGGAAAGAGUGAUCCUUCAUAUCCCAUCCAAAAGAAAAGGGUCAGUAGAGAAUUUUUGAGAACAAAAGCUCAUCUUCGGCCAAGAACAAAUACUUUUGGUGCGGUCGCAAGAGUGAGAAAUGCUUUGGCAUAUGCUACCCACAAGUUUUUCCAAGAAAAUGGAUUUGUGUGGGUCUCAAGUCCCAUUAUUACUGCUUCAGAUUGUGAAGGAGCAGGCGAACAAUUCUGUGUGACUACUUUGAUUCCAAGCACCAGAGAAGCCUCUCAUUCUCCUGUGGAUGGUAUUCCAAGAUUGAAGGAUGGCCUAGUUGAUUGGUCACAAGAUUUUUUCGGGAAGCCAGCGUUCUUGACUGUCUCUGGCCAACUCAAUGCUGAAACCUAUGCUACUGCUCUUUCUGAUGUGUAUACAUUUGGCCCCACAUUUCGGGCUGAAAAUUCCAACACUUCCAGGCACCUGGCUGAAUUUUGGAUGAUUGAACCGGAACUUGCAUUUGCUGAUCUCAACGAUGACAUGGCCUGUGCAACUGCCUAUCUCCAGUACGUAGUGAGACACGUCCUUGAAAAUUGCAAGGAAGACAUGGAAUUUUUCAACACUUGGAUUGAGAAAGGAAUCAUAGAUCGAUUAAAUGAUGUGGCAGAUAAAGACUUCGUGCAGUUGACUUAUACUGAUGCAGUUGAACUUCUUCUCAGAGCAAAUAAGAAAUUCGAAUUCCCAGUCAAGUGGGGUUGUGAUUUGCAGAGUGAGCAUGAACGUUAUUUAACUGAAGAGGCAUUUAGUGGAUGCCCUGUAAUUGUCAGAGAUUAUCCGAAGGACAUCAAAGCAUUUUAUAUGCGGCGAAAUGAUGAUGGGAAGACUGUUGCAGCUAUGGAUAUGUUGGUUCCCCGGGUUGGCGAGCUUAUUGGUGGAAGCCAGAGAGAAGAGAGGCUUGAAUAUCUAGAAGAAAGGUUGGAUGAAUCAAAGCUGAAUAAGGACAGCUACUGGUGGUAUCUUGAUUUGCGUCGUUACGGUUCAGUUCCUCAUGCGGGCUUUGGUUUGGGUUUCGAAAGACUUGUACAAUUUGCAACUGGGAUAGAGAACAUCAGAGAUGUUAUCCCUUUUCCCCGGGCACCUGGUUCAGCUGAAUUUUGAUGCGAUUGCUUUUGGUUCCUAAAUAGUUUUCCCUCAUUUUGUAAGACUGAUUCUGAUUGCUGAACUUAUUAUGUGUACAGAAUUUUAUAGCUUCAAGCUGGCUUGGCUUCAAUUCUUUUAGGCCUGUAAGGUGUACAGUAUCACAUGUAAGAAAUAUUUGUCUUACUUCUGCGCCCUUUUUCGCUAUUUAUUUUCUUGACCAACCUUUUUUGGGAUGAAGUACCAGUUAAAUUUUAUAAUUACAGCCAAUGCGUGUUUGUCCCAUACCUUAUAUUAUUUAUGGAAUUGAACUAUUUACAUGGAAUUAGAGAAACCGAAUCUACUCCCUAAUAUAUCUUCCCCACUGCUUAAUUGGUGGUGGGUUAAUUUCACUCUCGUUCACGCAAGGAGAGCCAAAAUUGUUGACAGUUGGGGUUAGGGCUUUCUCUAGUUUUCUUGAUCCAUUUUUUGUGUCGUCUCUCUCUGCCCUCUCUGAUUGUCUCUUUGGGUUCUCUUGGUGUGUUGGGUUCGGUGGUUUUUGCUUUCUUGUUCUUUGUAAGGAGGGCUGCGUCAGCUCUUCGUGUUCCUCACUCAUAGGCUCUGUGUUUGGUUGCUCUCCAUCCUAGGGUCUGCAUUUGGAUUGGAGACCCUCUUUCCCAAGGUCUUCCUCCCAUGGGACUUGUGUGCUUCUGUUCUCAAUGUACAAGGUUGGGCUCCAUAUUGGUUUUUUAAAAAAUAAAAAAAAAAAAAAAAAAAAAAAAAAAAAAAAAAAAAAAAAAACUUCUAUGGGGCUGUCUGAUCUUGAUGGGGAAGUGGCUCUCGACGAUAUUGAGUGCUCGCUUGGGAGUCGUAUGGUGCUUACUCAUCGGGCAAAGGUUGGAGUAGUGAUUGGUAUUUCAGCGGCCUCUG